AUGGCGGGCGAGGCCAGGAAACAUGGGCUGCUGUGGCUGUUCUGGAGGCUGUGGCUCCAGCUGUGGGGGCUGCGGCUCCAGCUGUGGGGGCUGCGGCUCCAGCUGUGGGGGCUGCGGCUCCAGCUGCUGUGUGCCCGUGUGCUGCUGCAAGCCCGUGUGCUGCUGCAAGCCCGUGUGCUGCUGUGUGCCAGCCUGUGCCUGUUCCAGCGGCAGCUCUGCUGCAAGCCCUGCUGCUGCCAGUCCAGCGGCUGCCAGUCCAGCUGCUGCAAGCCCUGCUGCUGCCAGUCCAGCUGCUGCAAGCCCUGCUGCUGCCAGUCCAGCUGCUGCCAGUCCAGCUGCUGCAAGCCCUGCUGCUGCCAGUCCAGCUGCUGCAAGCCCUGCUGCUGCCAGUCCAGCUGCUGCCAGUCCAGCUGCUGCAAGCCCUGCUGCUGCCAGUCCUGCUGCUGCAAGCCCUGCUGCUGCCAGUCCUGCUGCUGCAAGCCCUGCUGCUGCUCUUCCGGCUGUGGGUCCUCCUGCAGCCAAUCCAGCUGCUGUGUCCCCGUUUGCUGCCAGUGCAAGGUCUGA